AUGGGAUUCGGACUGGAGAUACUGCUGACAAAACUGGAACACAUCGAUCAUAAGCUGAUGGAGCUUCAACUCCAAUUGAAUCAUCUCGAGGAGGAAAUCACAACCAGCCAAUGCACUUACGGCAAGACAUCAACGUCAACACCAAGAAAAACACCAAAGUCGCAACAAUCUCCUUUUACAUCGUGCAAGGACAUACCAUGUACAGUGUCGGGAGUGUAUCUCAUUCGUAUCAACAACGUUAGUUCACCGUUUGCCGUGUAUUGUGAAAUGGAUAUGUUUGCAGGCGGUUGGAUCGUUGUGCAGCAUGGCUUCGAUGGUUCGGUAGAUUUUUACCGCAAUUGGAAACAAUACCGUCAGGGCUUCGGUGAUUUGGACGGUGAAUUCUGGCUCGGACUGGAGCAUAUUCAUCAACUUACGAAAAACCGUAAAUUUGAAUUACUGGUGGAGAUGAUGGACUUUGCGGGUAACCAUGGUUACGCCCGGUACAGUGACUUUCAGGUGGGCAGUGAGAGUGAGGGGUACAGCCUUAAAAUCCUCGGUUCGUACAGUGGCACUGCAGGUGAUGGAAUGGAGUACAGCCGGGAGAAGAAGUUCUCAACGAAAGAUCGGCAUAAUGAUGGAAGAACUGAUCUUAACUUUGCUGUUGAUCGUAAAAGCGGUUGGUGGCACAGUUUCUUCGGCGAACACCAUCAGUGCAUGCCGACAGUUAAGAACGUGCGAGACGGUCAGGAUCCUGGCAUCCUCUUGCUGGGGUAG